GCCACCAGGAGCCGACCCAACUCCUCACUUGGUGGUUCUCGCGCACGCGCUGGGACGCCGACUCCUGCGAACAAAGCACAGAGAAACCAAGCGCCAUGGACGAGAAGCAGGCCGCGCAGGCCAAUGCGGCCUCCGGUGCGGUGCGCCCCUUCUCCGAGAGCACGCCGCCUAUCGAAAACACGGCCGAUCUCAAGGUGCACAAUGUCGAGGUCGAGAAGGCCGGCACAGAGACCGAGGUGGAAGAGGAGGAGGACCUCUACCGCCCUCUGGCUAUGGACCCCGCGAUCCCGUACGAAGAGAACCCCCUCACCAUCCGCGCCGUUGUCGUCGGCUGCGUUCUGGGCUCCUUGGUCUGCGCGUCAAACCUCUAUCUCGGUCUGAAGACGGGCUUCACCUUCAGCGCCAACAUGUUCGGCGCCAUCUUCGGCUACGGCAUCUUGAAGCUGCUCGAGAAGUCGGGCGGCAAGCUUCCCAUCAUUGGCGGCCUCUUCGGGCCGCAGGAGAACUCGAUCGUGCAGGCGGCUGCCACGGGCGCUGGCGGCACGGCAGGCAUCUUCGUCGCCGGCAUUCCCGCCAUGUACCAGCUCGGCGUCAUGGGCGACCGCUCGCCCAAAGAGGACAUCGGCCUCAUCUUCACCAUCACCCUCGUCACUUCCUUCAUCGGCCUCUUCUACGUCACUCCGCUCCGCCGCUUCUUCAUCAUCCAGGUGGCCCGUGAGCUCCGGCUCAUGUUCCCCACGCCGACCGCCGUCGCGCUGACUAUCCGCGCCAUGCAUGCGGGCGCCGCCGGUAGCGUCGAGGCCGUCAAGAAGCUCAAGUGCCUGGGCAUCUGCUUCAUCGGCGCCCUCUGCCACCGCGUCGCGUCCUACUACGCGGUCGGCAUCCUCUACGACUGGCACGUCUUCACCUGGAUCCACAUUUGGAGUGGCUACACCAGCUGGGCCAUGAAUAUCGAGUCUUGGGGCUGGUACUUCGAGUGGACGCCCGCCUUCAUCGGCUCGGGCAUCCUGAUCGGCCUGAACCCGGCCAUCUCCAUGUUUGUCGGUUCCCUUACGGCCUGGGCUAUCAUUGGUCCCGCCCUGGUGCACUACGGCGAGUGCAUCGGUAUCCAGGCGUCCGACGAUCCGAAGUGGAACGGCUAUUACUCGUUCGUCUCGCUCGCUGACCUGGGCAAGCGGACGCCGUCGCCACGCUACUGGCUCCUCUGGCCUGGCGUCAUGGUCAUGGUGUGCUCCUCCAUGGCCGAGCUGUUCGUCCAGUACAAGGUUAUCUGGGCCGCCUUCAAGUCGGUGUGGAACCAGUCCUGUGCCGGCAUCAACAACAUAUUGACUGCGCGGGGCAAGUCAAGCGCCUUCUUCGCCAAGCACGGCGCCCCCGUGGAGAAGGACGAGACCAUCGUCGAGGACCCCUUCCCGCCCGAGCAGCAGGUCAAGCAUUGGAUGUGGAUCCUCGGCCUACUCGUGGCCGUUGUCAUCGGCAUGCUCAUCUUCCACUUCCAGUGGGAAAUGCACCCCGGCCUGACCAUUCUCGCCAUCGUGCUGGCCUUCCUCUUCUCGUUCCUUGCCAUCCAGAUCGGCGCCGUCACCGACAACACGCCGCUUACGGCCGCCUCCAAGGCCUCGCAGCUCGUUUUCGGCGGAGCCACGUCACACAGUGGCUACACGAUCCAACACGCCCAGAAGAUCAACCUCGUGGCCGGCUCUCUCGCCUCGGGCGGUGCCGACAUGGCCACCUCACUCGUGAGCGACUUCAGGACCGGCUUCCUCAUCCACACCCCGCCCAUCAAGCAGUGGAUUGCUCAGUCCAUCGGCGCCUUCGUCUCCGUCUGGCUCGGCCCGGGCCUCUUCGUGCUCUUCACCUCGGCCUAUCCGUGCAUCUACAACCCUUUAACCGACGCGCAGGUGGAGGCGGGCGAGAAGUGUGCCUUCCUGGUCCCCUCCGUGUCGGCGUGGGCCGCCGUCGCACAAGCCGUCACCGACCCCAAUGUGUCGAUCCCGCUGAAGAGCGGUAUCUUCGCCAUCGUCAUGGGUGUCGUGUCCAUCAUCCAGGUCGUGAUCCGCCACUUCUACCUCGUCGGCGAGCGCGAGAAGUGGCGCAAGUGGCUGCCCAACUGGGGCGCCAUCGCCCUCUCCUGGGUCAUUCCCGCCCCUGUGUUCGCCAACGCUGCGCUGCUCGGCGCCAUCGUUGCCGCCAUUUGGAGGAAGUGGAACAUGAGAACCUGGGACAUCUACGGUUAUGCUGUGGCUGCUGGCUUCAUUGCCGGCGAGGGUCUCGGCGGCGUCGUGGGUGCCAUCCUCACGCUUGCGGGGGUCGACGGUGCCACCAAGGGCACCAAUAUUGCCUGUCCCGCCGACUCGUGCUAGUCACGGUCAUGAUGGCCAUGUAGGUCCGCGCCCAGAGGGCCCGGACCAGACAGGUGUUGGUUGUGAAUGGUUUGCCGUGUACCCCGCAUUUGUGUUGGCGGGAUGCCGAAAACAUAGCAGAUAUGCAUUUUUCGUUGAGCCAUAGCUCCAUGGACGAUAAUUCACCAUGAUACCAGGUCGAAUCGCAGCGUAUCGCAGUCGUCGCAAGGGGAGUGAGCCGCAACGUCGCAAGACACACACGAGGCAGUGAGUUGAUUGUGUGUGU